AUGGCUCGCAAUGCUGAAAAGGCGCAAAGUACGCUCUUCCGAUGGAGGGCCCAGCAAGCGGCGGACCUGGGCAUUCUUGACACAACCCGUACACGACGACCAAAGGCCAUAUCACAGCAAGAAUCCGUACCGACGUGUGAGCGCUGGCGCGGUCAGGUGCUGAAGGAAAUCUCGCGCAAAGUGUCCAAAAUCCAGGACCUUUCACUCUCAGACUUCCAAAUCCGCGACAUCAACGACGAACUCAACAAACUUUUCAAAGAGAAAUGGCAAUGGGAGAUGCGGAUUCGCGAGCUUGGAGGACCAAACUAUAUGCGAGGCGGUGGACGUGUGGUCGAUGAGGAGGGUCGGGAGAUCCAAGGAGGAGGAAAAGGAUAUCGCUACUUUGGGAGAGCAAAGGAGUUGCCGGGAGUCAAAGAGCUGUUCGAGGCCGCAAAGGUCAAGCCCCAAGAUGAAAAGGCUCUGGAGACACGCUCGGAUCUUCGUCAAAAAGUUGAUGCUUCCUACUACGGCUACAAUCUAGAUGAGGAGGAUGGCACGCUACUGGCCUACGAGGCACAGAAAGAGAAGGAAGCAUUUGCGCAUAUCAUGGAGAACCAAGAGGCCAACGACGUUGACUGGGAACCUUUGCCUGGAGACUCUGGAGAUGGUGUCGCAUGGACUCUCCCAACUGCGGAAGAAGUCGAGGCCGAGCUCAUCGAAAGAAGAAAACGAAAGCUUCUGGACAAGUUGUGA